AUGCAUGAUGGCCUAUGAUGUGAAAUGUGUCAGGUAGUUAGGACAACUGUCAGAUGCUCGGAGGUUAGUUGGCUAAUAGGUUAUGGCGUGAUCUACACGUCGUUGCAAGGCCAGCCUUCUUUGCAGCACUAGACCAAGGUGGUUUUAAGUGUUGACUCACAGGAAAUCGACUAGCAGAGUUGAGAAGGCGUUCUGUGACAUGGAGGCUUGGUUUCUGCUCUGUCUGUGCAUCUCUGCUGUUUUAUGUUCACUGGAUAAAAUCCCAGUUAAAGGGCCAGGGCCGGGCGCUCUGCGCAACGUCAGCAAGAAUGAUCCAGGGGUGCAGAAGGCUGUGCUGUCGGGCACCAACGCCUUCAACAACCAGUCCAACGACAUGUUCCUGUUCAAAGCCUCCGCAGUAGACAGGGCUCAGAAACAGAUUGUGAAGGGGAUUAAAUAUGUCCUGGAGGUGGAGAUCUCGCGCACCGUGUGCAGGAAGUCAAGCCCACACACAGACCUGGCCAACUGCAGGUUCCAGCCCGAGGGUCAGCUUCAACAGACCUUCCAUUGCACCUUCCAAGUGUGGUCCAUUCCUUGGCUUAAGACGAUGACCACCACAUAUUUCCUCUGCCAGCCCUCAGAUGCUUUACUUACUGACUGAUACAUAGACACCAGACACAAUACCACAUGCUUUACCUCACCAGCCCUCUCACCAGAUCAUUACUGACUGAUAUAGACACAAUACCACAUGCUUUACCUCACCAGCUCUCUCACCAGAUCAUUACUGACUGAUAUAGACACAAUACCACAUGCACAUUUCAUCAUAUCAUUACUGACUGAUACGCGGACACCGAACGGAAUGUCUUAUGGACGUUUAUGUGUUCUAGUAGAGGAUGUCAGUUGAUGUGUUGCUCAUCAAUAAAGGAAGGAAUUGA